AUGGCAGAAGUUGGAUUGAUAGGACUAGGCGUGAUGGGAUACAGCUUAGCAUUGAACAUUGCAUCAAAGGGUCACAAGCUGCAUGUCUUCAACAGAACAUCAUUAAAGACAAAAAGACUUGUUGAUGAGGAUCAACGAAUAAUCGCACAUUAUUCAGUGCAGGACCUUGUGCAGGGAAUUUGCGAGUCACCAAGGGUUAUUGUUCUGAUGGUGACAUCUGGAGAAGCAACAGAUGAGUUUCUUGAUGAGCUUGAAAAGCACCUUGGGCCUAAAGAUGUUGUGAUUGAUGGAGGGAACUCGUCAUUUAAGGACACAGUCAGAAGAGGUGCACAUAAGUUUGGGUUUGUUGGAUGUGGAAUUUCUGGAGGAGAAGCAGGCGCUAGGAAUGGGCCUUCGAUCAUGGCUGGAUGUAGUAAACAGGUAUGGGAUGUGAUUGGAGAGUUUCUUUGCACAAUAGCUGCGGUUGGUGUAGCCACGGACAAGCCUUGCUGCAAGCGACUUGGAAACGAUGGUGCAGGACACUAUGUAAAGAUGGUGCACAAUGGGAUUGAAUACGCAGACAUGGGAAUUCUGUCAGAGAUAUAUUUGGUUAUGAAAUCUCUCAGGUAUUCGAAUGAGGAGAUAUCCAGAGUAUUUUGUGAGUGGAAUGAAGGAGAGCUAGAGAGCUAUCUUGUUAAGAUAUGCUCGUUGAUUAUGAAUGUAAAGAAUGCCAAAGGAUGGAUUGUUGAUCAGAUUGUGGAUAAGUCUGGACAGAAAGGAACAGGAAUGGAGGCAGUUAUAUCUGCGAUGGAAACUGGAACACCAGUAGUUAGUAUUAUGGAAGCUAUAGGGUCUAGAAUGGUGUCAAAUGUGAGAGAUCUAAGGCAAGAGUUUAGCAGGAAGCUGAUGAAUGGCAGUAAUGAUGCAAAGAUGCAUGAAAGUGAAUGUAUAAAUGCAAAUUUACACAAAGAAUCAUUAAGUAAGGAAACAAUGAGAAGAUGUGUGUAUUUGGCAAGAAUGGUGUCGCAUAUGCAGGGGUUUAUGAUGCUGAUGAAGGCAAAAGUGAAGUAUGGAUGGGAAUACACAGUUGAAGACAUAUGUGAUGUGUGGAGUAAUGGAUGUAUACUUAGAGGAAGGAUCCUUGAUGUAAUAAAAGAAAUGGGAGAUUCGAAUGAGGUUAUGGAGUUGAGUAGUAAAUAUGUGUCAUUGUGUAAUGAGUAUUUGAUUGACUUGCGCAAGGUGAUGGUUUAUGGAGUUGAGAAUGAAGUGCCAAUGCCUGUGAUUUCAUCAUGUCUAGAGUAUGUGUAUGGGAUGAAGAAAGUGGAGGGAGCAGGAAGCAUGAUCCAAGCUAUGAGGGACUAUUUUGGAGCGCAUCAAGUGCUACUGAAAGGAGGGAGUGAGUAUGUGCAUAUUGAUUGGGAUGGCAAGGAUGCUAACAUGAAUUAA